UAAAAACAGAUAUUGUGCACAGUUAACACUGACUAAAGAAGAAUUGGUGAAUAUGAAAAUAUCAGACUACGGAUCCAGAGCACUUUAUGCAUCCAUACCCAUUUUUCAGUAGAAGUACCAGAGAAAAGUAAUAAUAAAUUGGAGAAAGUUAAUAUUACUAUCAUAAUGCAGCAAACCGUCUUCUUUCAAUUAUUAGAAGGAUAAGAUUUUCUACAGGCGAACCAGAGCUCUAAGAUCUACUUUCUAAGCGAUCUAAGAUCACACCUUUAUGUGUGUGUAUAAGUUUAAGCUUGGUUUCAAAUCGUCAUAGCUUUGUUGAUAAGGACCUUUCGAACUGUUGACUGGAGAAAGUUGGGUGCAUUAUAUUAAAAUGAUACAUAUGCAGAGCUUGUCUUUUGAACAAUUUGGCACAUUCACAGGUAUUAUAUUAGUUCCACUUUAUUCCAUUUGUCGCCAAAAGAGGCGCUAUAUUCCACUCGCUAUAGCUGUAUCUAGUCGCCUUCUAAUGACAACAUAAACAUGUACAGCACUAAACUGGAAAGCCGGAGUGCUAGGGUUCAGACAUUCUCGCAAUGGACACUUAACUAAUUUGAUAAAAACACAAAUGGACAUUAAAGAAUAUCAGAAUGGGCACAUGGAUCCAAAGAGUAUUGAAGACGAACCUUUACUCCGAGAAAACAGAAGGCGAUUUGUCAUAUUUCCUAUUCAGUACCCAGACAUCUGGAAAAUGUACAAACAAGCUCAGGCCUCGAACUGGACAGUAGAGGAGGUGGAUUUAUCAAAGGACCUGGCUCACUGGGAUAGACUGAAGCCUGAUGAGAAACACUUCAUAUCACAUGUCUUGGCUUUCUUUGCAGCAAGUGAUGGCAUUGUCAAUGAAAACCUGGUACAGAGGUUCAGUCAGGAGGUACAGCUCCCAGAGGCUCGUGCUUUCUAUGGCUUCCAGAUCCUCAUUGAGAAUGUGCACUCUGAGAUGUAUAGCAUGCUGAUCAAUACGUACAUCAAGGACCUAAAGGAGAGAGACUAUUUGUUUAAUGCCAUUGAGACCAUGCCUUGUGUGAAAAGAAAAGCGGAUUGGGCUCUACAGUGGAUCUCUGACACCCACUCUACCUUCGGGGAGAGAUUAGUAGCAUUUGCUGCAGUUGAAGGCAUCUUUUUCUCUGGGUCAUUUGCUGCCAUCUACUGGCUGAAAAAAAGAGGUUUGAUGCCUGGACUUACCUACUCAAAUGAGCUUAUUAGCAGAGAUGAGGGUUUGCACUGUAAUUUUGCCUGCCUUAUGUACAGUUACUUGGUAAAGAAACCACCAGCUGACAGAGUGAGGGAUAUCAUCACUAAAGCAGUUAGCAUUGAACAGGAGUUUCUGACUGAGGCUUUACCAGUUAACCUCAUUGGGAUUAAUUGCCUUCUCAUGAAACAGUACAUCGAGUUUGUGGCUGACCGGUUGUUAACAGACUUACAAAUGCCCAAGGUAUAUCAGGCAGAGAACCCUUUUGAUUUCAUGGAGUCCAUAUCACUGGAAGGCAAAACCAACUUCUUUGAGAAGCGUGUAGCUGAGUACCAACGAUUUGGAGUGAUGUCAAAUACAAUGGACAGUAAAUUCACUCUUGAUGCAGAUUUUUAAUGCUUCGUGGUACUAUAGAGAGUACUGGUGGACUACUCUAGUACUUGAGUAAAAGUAACGUUAUUCAUUUAGUCAAAAUAUUUAAAAGUAUUUUUUUUACAUGUUAACAAGCCAACUACUUGCUGUUGUUGUUGUUGUUGUUGUUACUAUUAUUUUUAUUAUUUAACUUGCUGAGAGCUUUAGGAUAGAAUGUGAACAUCUUAAAUGCUAGGUGCUGGAAAUAUCAGAUUGCAAAACAAAAGUUUCUAAAGCAGUUAUUUAUAUAUAUAUUUAUUGUAAUAUGUCAUAUGAAAAGCUAAAGGUGUUCUUUGCAAGUGUGGGUAUCCAAGGGAAUGUGACCUCAGUUGGACACAGUUUAAAGAUUAUAACAUGAAAAGUUAAAUAUUUGGUCUUUAAUGUGAUAAAAUGGUGAUGUUUAUAACCCUA